AUGUCCUUCACCUUCGGCGGUUCAGCUCCCGGUGGAGCUUCCGGCACCAAUAUGUUCGGCGCAGCUGGCAAUACCUUCGGUUCCAACAAUCAGACUAGCUCAAACACCGGAUCAGGUGGUGGUGGACUUUUCGGAAAUGUAGGAGCCACUGCCAGCAGUGGAAGCGCUUCCCCUUCGUUGUUCGGCACAACUUCUUCAGGAGCACAGACUCCCUCAAUGUUUGGAACUGCUGGUGGCGCUACUGCUGGAACUCCUGGAGCAUCCUCGGGCUUCUCUUUCGGCUCGAAUCAGACCACUGGCUCGACUACUCCCGGACAGACAGCUAGCAGCGGAAUGUUUGGCGGCGCUGGAGCUGCAAAGCCCUCAGGUAGCUUGUUCGGUGCCGGCGCUUCGUCAUCUACACCUGCCCCGGCCAGCGGUUCUCUGUUCGGUAAUACCUCAACUACUCCCGCUGGUCCUCCGCCGGGAUCAAAGCCAGCUUCGCUCUUUGGAGGACAGAAUGCCGGCUCUUCUACUACUCCGUCGUCCACCACUGCUCUCUCUUCUACCACACCAACCACCUCGCAAACACAGCCAUCCGGCGGCUUCUUCGGAGCUGGCGCUACACCCGCGGCCUCAAAGCCUCUGGGCUUCGCCCCGGCUCCGUCGGGCGGUAAUCUGUUUGGCAAUGCCAGUAAGCCAGCCGAGUCCAGCACUCCCAGUGCCACCGCGGCACCGGCUUCCAAGCCGCUGUUUGGACUUGGAGCCGCAGCGCCCUCCACCGGCGGUGACACAACUCCCAAGCCUGCGUUCUCUCUAGGUGGAACACCCUCUACUAGCGGUGGCGCUCCCAAGUCUGCAUUCUCCCUGGGUGGAACUCCCGCUACCAGCGGCGAGGCACCCAAGUCUACAUUCUCCCUUGGCGGAGCUCCCGCUCCCAGCGGCGAGGCACCCAAGUCUACAUUCUCCCUUGGUGGAGCUCCUGCGGCGACCCCGUCCACUGCUACUCCACAAAAAUCUCUCUUCCCCAGUCUUGGAGGGACCACAUCUUCGGCCACUCCGUCAUCUACAGCAGCCGCGCCUGCCGGAGGCUCUCUCUUCCCUAGCUUGGGCGGGGCUAAACCUACCGCUGCUGCUACGCCGGGCACUCCGGCUAUUACUACUGCCGCCGCUGCUACCCCUACUACCACGCCUGCCGCUGCCCCAAGCCUGUUCCCUAAGCUCGGUGGUGAUAAGCCUUCCACCCAACCCGCUACUACCACUGCCUCGACGGCAGCGCCUGCUGCGCCGGCCUUGGGCGCAAAUACUACCACGGCAGCUACCACAGCAGCCGGUACUGGCGCGGCUGCUCUCGGUCAGUCCACCACUGGCCCUGCUCCCCCGGCUCAGUCUCGCCUAAAGAACAAGACCAUGGACGAGAUCAUCACUCGAUGGGCGACGGAUCUCACCAAGUACCAGAAGGACUUCCGUGAGCAAGCUGAGAAGGUUGCCGACUGGGACCGUAUGCUGGUGGAGAAUGGUACCAAGGUUCAGAAGCUGUAUGGUAACACAGUCGAUGCUGAGCGCGCUACCCAGGAGGUUGAGCGUCAAUUGGCAUCAGUGGAAGGCCAGCAAGACGAGUUGAGCUCAUGGCUUGAUCGAUACGAACGCGAAGUCGAUGAGAUGGUGUCCAAGCAAGUGACCCCUGGUGAACAGGGUCCCGAUCAAGAGCGAGAGAAAACAUACAAACUCGCCGAGAAGCUCUCCGAGCGUCUGGAUGAGAUGGGCAAGGAUCUCACCAGCAUGAUCGAUGAAGUCAACGGGGCCUCUGCAACUAUCAGCAAGACCAACCGGGCCGAUGAGCCAAUCUCUCAAAUCGUCCGUAUCCUCAACUCGCAUCUGUCCCAGCUGCAGGUCAUCGACCAGGGAACCUCAGAGCUGCAGGCCAAGGUUGCUGCUGCCCAAAAGGCUGGACAGUCCAUCUCCUCGCGCCUGGGUUACGGCUAUGCCAGCCCUAUGGGCGGUGGCAAUGCUGCCGAUGAUUUCUACCGCUCCUACAUGGGCAGACGGUAG